CGCCGCCUAGGAGCGCGACACCUUUGAGGCGGUAGGAUGAAGUUGAUUGACUAUGGUCUUUCCAGCAACCAGGAAGAGUCCACUGAAGCUGAGGGUCAUGGACUUCAUCGCUUCUGCGGCCAUUCUGCCCCUGCUGUUCGGGUGUCUGGGCAUCUUUGGCCUGCUCCGGCUGCUACAGUGGAUGCGCAUGAAAGCCUACCUACGCGGGGCCGUGGUGGUGAUCACAGGCGCCACCUCGGGACUGGGGAAAGAAUGCGCAAAAGUCUUCUACGCUGCAGGUGCUAAGCUAGUGCUCUGUGGCCGGAAUGGGGAGGCCUUAGAAGAGCUUGCCAGAGAACUCUUUACUUCUCCUGCCACCCAGGUGCAGACACACAAGCCUUACAUAGUGACCUUUGACCUCGCAGAACCUGGGACCAUAGUUGGAGCAGCAGCAGAGAUCUUGCAGUGCUUUGGCCAUGUGGACAUACUCAUCAACAACGCUGGGAUCAGCUACCGUGGUGCCAUCAUGGACACCACAGUGGAUGUCGACAAGAGGGUCAUGGAGACAAACUACUUCGGCCCAGUUGCUCUAACAAAAGCACUCCUUCCCUCCAUGGUCAGGAGGAGGCGUGGCCACGUCGUUGCCAUCAGCAGCAUCCAGGGUAAAAUCAGCAUUCCUUUCCGAUCUGCAUAUGCGGCCUCUAAGCAUGCAACCCAGGCAUUUUUUGACUGUCUGCGUGCAGAGAUGAAACAGUAUGAAAUUGAGGUGACUGUUGUCAGCCCCGGCUACAUCCAUACCAACCUGUCUCUGAAUGCCAUCACGGCUGAUGGGUCCAGAUAUGGAGUUAUGGACAAGACCACAGCCCAAGGACGAAGCCCUGUGGAGGUGGCCCAGGAGGUCCUUGCUGCUGUGGGGAGGAAGAAGGAAGAUGUGAUUCUGGCCAGUCUGUUGCCCUCCUUGGCCAUUUAUCUUCGAACUCUGGCUCCUGGGCUCUUCUUCAGCCUUAUGGCCUCUAGGGCCAGAAAAGAGUGUAAAUCCAAGAACUCCUAGUGCUGUGUCAGACCCAAUAUAAAAGAGUGGGGGGCAGAGAAGCCACCACUGCAGGGGACAUCUGCAUUUGUUGAGGCUUAAUGGAGAUCUGUCUCACAAGUGGGAAAGAUGGCAGAAACCCUUCUCAUGCAGACCCUUGGAUAGGUCCCUGCUGGCAGAGAAGGGGAACCAACACAGUUAGCAAGCCUUUUUCCAGAGGGGAAGGGUAACACUUAAGAAGCCAAAAAUAUGAAAUAAAUUGAGUAAGAGUCAGAA